UACCGGAAUAACGGAAUACAGCAACCAUUCAGCAAAGGACUUACCUUCCCCCCUCCUCACCUUUCCAAGGGAUUCCCCACAUUUAAUCGAAGACUAAUUUCAUUAUCUGUUUGGAGAUUGAUCAAUCAUUUUAAUUGAUUAAUUGAUUAAUUACCCUUGGACCUAGCUUUUAAUAACAGAAAUUUAGCUAACGUUUUCCCUCUCGUUUUAUCGAGACGUUUACCGGAUCCGUUAACAUGCUGUUCACAGAGGAAGACAUCUUCAUGUCAGAGUUCGAGGACGCGUGCAGCGCCUGGGUGGACAGUGUCAGCUCAGGCAGUGACGGUACAGACUCUGAUGUCGGAUCUCCAGCACAACAAGGUUGUGUGUUAUCCCCGGGGACCGACGGGUCUGAUUCGGAUUUCUUCUCCGACCUGAAUGACUGUUCCUCAGACAGCCUGUCGCCUCCUCUUGCCUACACCGGGAGCUUCUACACGGAGCCGUUACCAGGCACGGUGCCACCCUGCAGCACAGAAGCCCUGCUCAACAUGAUCACGGAGAUAGUUGGGAUCUGCACGGUGGAGGACCAGGCGACCAGCGAGACUCCGUCUGCCUCCCUCCCCGUCUCUGCCACACCCUGCUCGACCAUGAGCGUUGCCUCUCCCCCUAUUUACUCUCCCUCCAUGGAGUCUGUCUCCAGCGCAUACUGGAGCCAGGAUCUGACCGAGAUUCCUUCUCCUUCCUCCGGGGUGGACAUUCAGACUCCCACCGCUGCCCCUGUGGUGGUCAAGAACGAGUUCAACAGCAACUGUGACGGCUGCGACAACGACCACUUCUCCCACCCUGGUCAGGAUGCCUUCUCCCCGGGCAGCUUGGAGCAGCUGUUCCCGUUGUCUGGUCAGUCUCUGGAUCACCAGGUAGAUGUAAAGGAGCUUCUGGACUCUCUGCUGCUGACUGACAUUAAGACAGAGUGUAUCAUCAAACAGGAGCCGUGCUACGUGGGAGACUGGGCUCAGAAUUACCCUGUACCUGUUAACGGGAGCUACGUCAACGAUAGCUUUCUGGUCAAAACGGAGCCUCUGGAGUUCCAGACUGGGGCCUCAGGGCCGCAGCAGCUGGACGCAUGCAGCGACCUGGCGGCCUUCACCGCCUCUCUCUCCUCCUCCUCCCUGGAUGCCAUCCUCUCCUCCCUGCUGCCCAGCGUGUUCCCGAGGAGCAGGGGCGUGCACGCCACCGCUGGAGCAAGUAAAGCGACGGCCCGCACCGGGGCCGUGAAGGUGAAGCCGUUCCCGUGUCCAAUAAUCGGCUGUGAGAGGCGUUUCUCGCGCUCCGACGAGCUCAACCGCCACGUGCGCAUCCACACGGGCCACAAGCCAUUCCAGUGCGCAAUCUGCCUGCGCAGUUUCAGCAGGAGCGACCACCUGACCACGCACACGCGCACGCACACUGGAGAGAAACCUUUCUCUUGCGAGGUGUGCGGGAAGCGGUUCGCGCGCAGCGACGAGAGGAAGAGGCAUGGACGCGUGCACGUGAAGCAGCAGCUGAAAGCUCAGAUGAUGGCAGCCUAUCAUCUGGCUUUCCCCGGUGAAGUUUGAACUGAACUCUAACUCUCUAAAGCUGGGCUUCGUGGCCCUGAGUUUAAACCUGCUCUUUAGAAGGCUUCUGUUUGGUUCUACUGGCUUCGGUUGGUUCUACUGGCUUCGGUUGGUUCUACUGGCUUCGGUUGGUUCUACUGGCUUCGGUUGGUUCCGUCUGCCUGGUAACGUUGGCUAUUGGCCCGGUUCAGUUGGAGGUGUUGACUUCAAAACGGGCCAUCGGUUGAAAAAUGGUGGAAAAGUUUCAACGGGAAAGAAAAUAAAAUAAUCUCGUCUUGUCGGUUGGACGUGGAACUAUUUUAGAACGUCUCUGGUACGUUGUCGUAUGAACAGAAACCGUUGAACUACGAGAGGAUUCGUUGGUUUUCAGCACCUCUGUGAGUGGACAGCUCCUUGCAUGUCAAUCCGAACAGACAAACAUACAGCACACGUUUUGUCACUCGACAGUUCUGAUUGUAAACUGGUACAGUUGUCAGAGUUUGAGUUUUUUGUGCAACAUUGCAUGAUAUAGUUUUACAUUGAUGUGUUGAUGUUUAUUUUAUUAUUUAAAUCUCUAAUGUUAGGAGUUGGAAUGUAACUUUUCUCUACUUCGAAUCACAUUUCUAGCGUUGAUGUUGACCAUAUAAGCCUAUAUUUUAUCAUUCGAAAUAUAUAUUUGAAAUCUUCAUAACCAAAACAUUAUUUAUAUUCUAUUCUCUCAAUUGUAUUUUUCUACCUGUAUAUAUAUAUAUAUAUAUAAAAAUAUAUUUAUAUUUGAAACGUCCUCUUUCCUGUGAUAAACAUUCUCUAUAUUCUUUCGGAACUUCCAUAAGAACGUUGAACAGUCACAGAUGUAUUAUGACAUCAUUUCUCUAACCGAUAGAUUGUUCCCGGGUUAGGUGGCUCUCGUUGCUGCUCUCACACCGGUGCUUAGCGGUAAUUCAUAACAGGGGUCUUGGAGUUUGAUUGUACUUUCUACAUUCAUACAAGACUCACCGGGGAAAAAAAAACAAUAUUCAACAUUGUAGUUGAUGAACCAAGUAGCACACAUUGCUGUGCGUUUACGUACAAUUAGUUCAACUGCUAAACUCUUGUCUUGUUUGAGGCAUGAAACGCAGAUCUGUUUCGGUUUUAAAUGGAAGACCUUGUGUUAUUUUGUUGCAUGAUGGGUUAUGAAUAA